AUGUUGUUAAACGAAACAUGUCUGUUGUUUGCAUUAAUCCCCGUGAUUUCAGCAUUUAAUGUUGGAAUCAAAGGGGCUAAGAUUUUAACUGGGAAACCAGGCUCCAUGUUUGGGUACUCAAUAGAUUUCGCCACAAGGGGGAAUAAUGUAUGGCUGUUAAUUGGAUCACCAAAAGAAGACGACUAUGGCAUCAAUAUGAAGACAGGGGCGCUGUACUUUUGCCUUCGGGGAUUUAACGAUCUUUCCGACUGCAGGACGGUUCCAGCAGAGCAAGUUCUAAGUCCCGGGGUUGGGUUUACUGAAGACCGAUCUGAUAUGUGGCUAGGAGCUUCUGUGGUUGUUGGAACUGAUGCAAACGCAGUAACUUUCUGUGGACCACGAUGGAUGAAGAACAGUUUCGAUAACAAUACUCGUGCAAUGAAUGGGUUGUGUUAUGAAGUGACAUUUGGGUUCCUAGAAGAAGGUAAUUCCGGCUUCCUCGAUCCCGAGAUUUUAAGUGGACUGUACAAUUCCGAUGCCGACGAUCAGUUCCCAGUGGCUGAAGGCUCUGCAGCUAACCUGACCAUAAGAUAUGGAGUGUCAUCAUCAGGACUUUCCAUUAAAUACUAUGAAGGAGAUGUUUUAGUGGGGUCACCAGGUUUGAAUGAUCUUGCAGGUGGAAUACUCCGUGUGAAAGGUUCUGGCUAUUCCGUAAAGGCUAUGAACACUACAGCAUCCAAGCAAGGACAAAUGUACGGUUAUGAUAUAAGUAUUGGCAGGUUUUAUGGAGAUGGACAAUACUAUUUUGCCAUUGGUGGUCCCAGGGACGGAGGAUCAGGAAAGGUACUUAUCACAGAUUCAGAGCAUGUUGUCAAGGAGACCUUAGUUGGAAUAGAGCCUGGUAGCUAUUUUGGAUCUGUCUUGUGUGUUGUACCUGGAAUAGGUGCUGCUACAGACCGUCUCCUUGUUGGAGCCCCAUUGUAUAGUGAUAUGCAAACCUAUUCUAAUAACUACAAUAUCAAUGAAAACCAGGGUCAGGUGUACGUCUACUGGAAAAAUCAGUCAAAUAACACACUAGAAAAGAAGCAAAGUUUAGAUGGAUCCAGUUCUAGGAGUAGCAAGUUUGGCUCUGCAAUGGCUAACGUUGAUGAUCUCAACAACGAUAAUUACAACGAUGUAGUUAUUGGGGCCCCCUUUGAGAGUGAUGGACAGGGAGCAGUGUAUGUGUAUAUGGGGUACAAGAGAGGAUUUUACUUGACACAGACAAUUACUGCCGCAAGUGUUGCCCCGUCUGGUACAACACUUUCAACAUUUGGAAGUUCCUUUUCCCAACAUUCUGUAGAUUUCAACAACGAUAAACAUCGAGACAUAGCGAUUGGUGCAUACGGGUCAGCUAUGGUCUUUGUCCUCUACACAAAUCGUCCAAUUACAAUGAGAGUUGAUACCAGGACUAAUCUUGUGUCAUCCCCAGGAGGAUCGAAGUUUAUUAUUGGACACAAUACAACAGAGUUCACAUUUAAUGUCUGUUUUGAAUACGAGGGCGAUAAUAUUCCGACUGAUGUUUUGGUGACCUAUAAAGUAACUGUUGACACAACCUUUCUUCAUACAAGUGCCUCCAGUCAGGGACGUGUUUGUUUUAAUCAGCCAGAAACAUGUUCCAAUACAAUGUCCCGGAGCAUCACAAUCUUCAAAGCUUCUUCUGAAUUCAAGUGUCCGGAUCCUCCCCUUUACGUUGUUGUUCAAGAUGAUUGGACAAACAUGAGAGGUUUGUUUGUUCCUGUGGACUUUGAUGUGGAGUUCAAUGUGUCCACUACUAGCAAUAGAGAGUGUACCGUUAGCUGUCCUAUAGUCAACAAGUUUGAUCCGACUAACGACGACCCAUUUUCCAAGACACGUAAAUAUUCGUAUGAAUUGGAGAGGAUUGGAUGUGGGGAAGACAACAUUUGUCAACCAGAUAUAAAGAUUUCUGUCUCAUCACCGGAGAGCAUCAUAACUGGACCACAAGCAGAAUACGUCAUAGACAUCACUAUUAACAAUGAAGGCGAAACCUCUUAUGAUACAGCGAUCAACGUCACAUUUCAUUCUAAUUUGACAUUGGCCAACACAGGAAACUUCAGCGAAGAUUUCCCUGUGACCUGUUCUCCUGCUGUUGGUUCGGUGCAGUGCUUUCUGGGUAGGCAACAGUUAAAGACAAAUGAAAUGUUCAGUUUCAGGAUCACACUUGACAGCAGGAGACUGCUGCCUGUGAUUGACGAGUUUGAGAUGAAGGUGGAAGUAAAGUCUAGCAGGAAUGAUAACAGUAUGGAGAGCAAGAUGUAUAAUAAAACAAUCAAAGUACUGACAGUGGUGGCAGUCACUUACAACAUAGCAUCUGUUCCUGAAGUUUAUAUUACAAAGACAGCCCCAGAAAGUCCCAUUGUAGAAGUAUAUCACAGCAUACAGAUCGUUAAUACUGGACCUAGUGAUCUGCUGGACAUAUUAAAAUUUACCCUUGAAUAUCCACAGUCAAGCCAAGUUAAACCAACGAAAAUCCUUUUGAAUGUUUCCUCCGCAAAUAACAACACUUUGGUACGAUGCCAGAAUGUUGUCCUAGAACCAGAAGGCGAGACAAAUUUGACCUACAGAGCUUUUACUAUUCCCAUUAACAAAACAAGGCACUCAGAGUCAGCCAGCAAUUUUGAUUGUGAGAAGAGUGAAAUGUGCAGCAAACUGGAGUGUGAUAUUGGAACGUUUAUGUAUGACAGUUUUAUAUCGGUGGUCAUUUCCUAUGAUGUCAUCCAGAACCUGUAUGCAAUUAUUAAUGAUGGAGCAAGUGGUGAUAUACCAUUUGUUCCAAUAGAAACAACAUUUACUCCAUACACAGAGAAUCCAGGACUAAAUUUAAAAGGUCAAGGAGACGGUUUGGUAAAGGUGGUGACGAAAUUUCUUCCCAGUUCACCGAUGAAAAAGGAAGUUCCAGUUUGGGCCAUAGUUCUACCUAUCGUUAUUUCUUUAGUUAUCCUAGUAGUUGUCGUUCUUGUUCUGAAAAAGAGAGGAUUUUUUGUUAGAAAAUAUAAAGUACAAAUUGAGGACCAGAGAGCACGUGAGAAGAAGAUCAAAGAAAAUGACAGGGUAGAUAAUUUAGUGGGAACGGAUGAUGAAGUCGAAGAAAAGCCUGUAUUGUCAACUUUUGUAAACACCAAUAAAAAUAAAGAUGAAACAGAGGAAGAUAAGCUGGGCUCGCUCGAGGAUAAAGGCCUGGAACCACCAUCGACUGCAAAGGAAAACGAAUUAGAAACAAGCAAAUCGGUAGUCAUUAAUGAAAAAGAACUACUUCUCCCUGCACCACCAAGUACAAGCAAUGUUGAGUUUGACACUGAUACCCAAACGACGAGCAAUGGCGAAAACGUUCCUAAUGUUCAAAAGUCGAAUAAUGGCGAGGGUGUCCCUGGUGAUCAAAAGACGAGCAAUGGUGAGGGUAUCCAUUACACUCAGACGGCGGGUAGUGUUGAAGGUCACUCGGAAGGACAUGGAUAAAUGAUCGUGUAGAAAUAAAACCAAAACUUCAUAUUCUUAGAAUUCAUUGUGAUAUAGUUUAUAGAAUAAUCACGCUAAAAUUAAAUGUCUUGUUCCAUGUGGUAUUAUAAACAUCAAGAGCCAGUUAAAUUUUAAUCAAUUUCAAUCGAUUUCGAGGGAUCCUGAAACUUUUAAGACAUCAUGCUGGUAAAAAUUAAACAUAUUGUAUUUA